CGCGGCCGGACGUCGAUGACCGACGGACCGUCAACAAGGAAGUGUCGGACGCACUCCUGAAAACCAACUAACUGCUCCGCGCAGCGCGUGUGUUCGUGGACGCGCGGCCACGUGAAGAGUUCCUUUGGCUCAUUUACAGACAUUUAACGCGUGAAAUGUCAAACUUUAAAGAGCGCGUGCACAAAGCGACGCGUGUGUACGAGCGCUACACCGAGUACGUGAGGAGGAACCCGGCGGCCACGGCGCAGCUGGAGAGCACCGUGCGGACCCUGUCCUACCUGAUCGCAGGAAGAUUUGCAGAUUCACACGAAAUAUCUGAACUAGUGUACUCGGCCUCCAACCUGCUGGUGCUCUUCAACGACAGCAUCCUGCGCAGAGGGCUGAGAUGUGCCGUCCCCGUGUCGGUCUCUCAGCAGCGGCUCCUCACCUGGCUGUCCGUGCUGGAGCACGUGGAGGUCUUCCUGGAGAUGGGGGCCUGCAAGCUGUGGGGGGACCUGGGCCGCUGGCUGGUGAUCGCUUUGGUCCAGGUCUUUAAGACGAUUUUCCGCCUUGUUCUUCUUCUGUGGUACAAAUCCGGCCUCCAGACGUCUCCUCCCAUCCUCCCCCUGGACCGAGGAGCUGAAGACGAGGGUCACGUGGAGCAGCCGGAGGACGCCUGCUUUGUGGGUCAGAGGUCGGGCCGGGUCAUCAGGCCUCUGGGCAGCGCCUCCUCCCUGCAGGCCCGGCUGUGGGGAGCACCGAGUCAGAAGAAGAGGAGGAGCAGCCGGAGUGGCGAGAAGCUGCUCAGCAAACCGACACCGAUGGGGCUCCGGGAGACUCUGGCCGAGUCGGUGUUCAUCAGCCGGCCACUCGUCCACCUGUUCUGCCUCGGUCUCUGUGGAAAACAGUCCUGGACGCCGUGGCUCGUCUCCGGAGCCCUCGAACUCUCCAGCUUCGCGGUCCUCAGUGACGGGAGGUUCCUGAACCAAUGGGAGAGGGCCGAGAUGAGGAGGCGGAGCUUCCUCCUGCUGUACUACCUCCUCCGCUCGCCCUUCUACGACAAAUACUCAGAGGAAAAGAUCCUCUUCCUGCUCAGACUUCUGGCCGAUCACGUUCCAGGAAUCGGCCUCGUGGCUCGCCCUCUGAUGGACUACCUGCCCACCUGGCAGAAGAUCUACUUCUACAACUGGGGAUAAAAGCACCUGCAGGAGAACGUUCCUUACAGAACCCUGAAAUCAAAGAACGCCGUGGAACCGAUUCCCACUGCUGACCGGCAGCGAGCGCCUUUUUCUAGAUAGAGUAAUAAUUAAAAAAACCAAAUAGGAGCAAAACCUGUUUUUCUACCGUGUGACUGACUCGAGACACGGAGAACCUCAAUUAAUUUGGGUUCUGUGACCUACUUGCUUUGAUUUGAGGCUGUCAUCGCUGCGUUUUUGUCGGAGGCUGCGGGAACCCCCCCCCCCCCAGACAGGAAGCCUUCAUCAGAGCAUCAGGGGGGGGGGGGGGGGGUUCUCCGUGGAAACAGAAGAAAAGGAACCCGCUUGGAGUCAAUGACGAGAACACGAGCCGGAGGUUUUUAAAUCUUUAUUAACGUACUGAAUACGCUUCCUGUUCGUAGCCUACUAAUAAAUAGUUGUGAAUGUU